AUGGAAGAGAAGAAAAAGAAAGGAUCCUGGGAGCCACAAAGCUUACAAACUGCUAUUGAUAAGGUCAUGUCAAAAAAACUGAGUGUAAGACAAGCUGCAAUGCAAUACAAUAUUCCUAAAAGCACUAUACAUGAUAGAAUAAAGGCCCUAAAUCGAGGAGAAGAGGUAUCAAUGAAACCAAAGUUAGGUAGGUUCACAAGCGCCUUCCCAGCAGAGUAUGAACAAGUCUUGGUGGACCACAUUAAAGAUUUAUCGAAUAGAUGCAUGCCGUUCAUGAAAAAUGAGUUUUUAAAAUUAGCAUAUGACAUAGCUGAAUUCAUGAAGAUUCCUCAUCGAUUUAAUAUAGAAAAAGGCUGUGCUGGUAAACAUUUUUACUACGACUUCAUGAAAAGGCAUUCUGACAUUUCGUUGAGAGCACCGGAAUCGACAAGCAUGAUGCGCGCCGUAGAAUUUAACAAACCACAAGUGGAUUUAUUCUACGACAACCUUGAAAAGCUGAUGAAACAGUGCAAAUUCACACCCUCAAGAAUUUAUAACUGUGAUGAAACUGGUGUCAGUGGCGUGCACAAACAUCAAAAAGUUCUCGCUCCGAAAGCCAUGCGUCAAGUAGGUAAACUUACUUCUGCUGAAAGAGGCAAAAACAUCACAGUUUUGUUCUGUAUGAGUGCUAACGGUCACUUCAUACCCCCAUUUUUCAUAUUUCCUAGGCAAAGAAUGAAUGAACGGCUUAUGAUGAAUGCUCCAGCUGAGAGCAUCGGUGUGGCCCAGCCAAAAGGUUGGAUGAAUAGUGACUUUUUUUUGCAAUAUCUAAGAAUAUUCGUCAAACACACGCAACCAACCAAAGAGAACCCUGUGCCAUUGGCGGUAAUCAAUUUUUGCAGAGAAAACCAUAUUCACUUGAUGAGUUCACCACCACACACUACGCACAAGCUCCAGCCUCCGGACAGGACAUUUAUGAAGCCAUUUAAAGAUGCAUACAACCAACAAUGCGACUUGUGGAUGAGAACAAAUGCUGGAUGUCGGAUAACGGAUUACGACAUUGCUGGCAACAUACCACUAGAACAAACAGAAACUUCAUCGAACGCACUAAACAACAAACAAGCUAUCGUGAUAUCAAACUCAAUCAGAGAAGAGCAAAUGAAAGAAUCUGAACAAUCUAUUAGUGAGCCUAUAACCACAAGUCCCAAACCGUCGACAAGUUCUGCUCCCGAUCUUCUUCAGAUAAUCCAUAACUUAUCACCGUUGCCUGACGCAGCAAAAAAACGAACAGCAGCUCGAAAAAGAAAGAGUGAACGAAGUGAAAUUUUAACUUCAUCGCCAUACAAAAAAGUGGCAGAAGAAAAAGAAAAUGAAAAAAACAUGGAAGAUAAAAAGAAGGAAAUAAAAUCUAAGUUUGAAGUAGCAAUGGGAGGUAAAGGAAAGCAAACCAAAGGAAUUAGAACUAAAGAAAAGGGCGUAGACAAGGGAAAAGAAGCGACAAACGAGAAACCUAAAGAAAAGAAAGGAAGUGAAGUAGAACCAUUAACUGAAACAUCUAACACAAAUAUAACAAUUUGCGUAGUUUGCUUAGAAGACACUGACGAAGACUGGGUCCAGUGCUUAUCCUGUCGUGGGUGGGUACACGAAGCAUGUGCAGACAUUCCAGAAAUUAGCCUACAACCAGCGUAUGAUGCACCAUUUCCGGUAGUGAAACGCAAUGAUAAAGUAUUACACAUUGCGCAUCAACGGAAAACAGGUCGCUGUGUCGACCGCUUGAAGCCGGACUUUCUGGUGCAGCAAGAAAUGCCACCACCAGAAAAGGAAGAUGACGACGGUAGCCAUCUAGUACCUAUGUUAACCACGCGUACCACCAGCCCAAACGCCGCCGCCGAGUAUAAUGCCACAAAGAAACAACGAUAG